GCUCCGUAUUUGUUCUUGCUCUACCCGUCUUCUCAGAUUCAACCUGCACGACUGAACUAUGAUCGCCGUCGCGUUUCUCUCCUCGUCUUCCCGCCCGAAUUCAUCCCAAUUCAGCUCCAAUGUCGAUUCCGCAACGCGAAUCAUGGGACUGUAUGAUCCCAGGUCCACCUUCACGCAGCAACGGUGAUCCAAACCGGGAAUUCAGGAUCUCUAGUUCUUCGACACUUAGUAACUCUAGUCAGAAACUAGGAAUUCAGGAUCUCUGCUGGAUCCAAACCGGGCUUGAUUCGUGGGCCAUUGCUGCUCUUUCUGGACCUUCGCUUUUGAGCAUCUACAGCACAUCAUCUGGUCGUUGCUUAUUCAAAUGCGAUGCUUCUCCGGAGCACUUCUCCUGCCUUUGCCGUGAUCCGUCCGAUUCCAGGCUUUUCUGUGAUGUAGGGCUUAAAGGCUUCUUGCUCUCAAUCAAAGCAUUUGGGGAUUCUGAAAAUGAUGUUGCUAAUAAAGAACUGCUAAUCCGUACGGACCCGGAAUUGCAGAAGCUGGAGAGGGAUUCAACUGCUGUUGUUAAUGGGUCUCCGGAAUUGGCUACAUUUCCUAAUUACAAAGGUUGCCCAGAGGUUGCGGGAAGUUCCUACAAGUCUUGCCAGAUUCAAAUAUGGAGGUUUUGUAUUGUGCUCAUCUUGAUGGGAUGAUCAGUAUUUGGCAAAGGAAAAAAGGAGAGCAGGUAUAUACAAUCUGUGCUAUGGAAGAAUUGAUGGCUUCACUUGGCUCCUAUGUACCUCCUCCCUCAGUUCUUGGUGUUGUUAUUUGCCACUCAGAUGCUAUACUACAAAAUAUCAGCAAACUCUGUUCAGAUGAAAGUGAUUCUUCUGAACUGGACUUUGAUAAUCCAUUUGAUUUUUGUGAUGAAUCCCUCAUCAUUUCUAAAUCGCCAUUGAUUUCUAUUUCUGAUGACGGAACAGUAUGGAAAUGGCU